AUGGACCGACCACCCCGGCAACCCGAUCGCUCCCACCGCGACGACCGCGACUACAAUCCACGCUAUGACCGAACCUCACGAUCACGAUCCCCCGCGCCACGAGAACGGCGCGAAGACAAUCGAAGGAGGGAGAGGUCGCCUUAUCGACCGCCUGGCGCUAGAGGAGGAGGAGGAGGGAGGGGAGGGAGUGGUGCUGGACCGGGAGCGGGAGCAGGAAGAGAAUAUGGUGGUGGGAGAGGGGGGCGGGACAGAGAUUCGCCGCCGCCGUCUGCGCGAGGUCCGGGCGGCGGAAACAGAGGAUUAGGAGGAGGGCGAGGCAACCACAACGAUCGGUCAAACCACCACAGUGCAGGACGUGGCAGAACGCAAGCACAAUCCACACGACCCGCACCAGCAGCACCCAUAAAACUCGAACCCCUCUCGGACGAAGACGACGAAGCCUUCCUAGCCCGCAUAAUGGGCUUCCAAGGCUUCCGCUCCACGAAAAACACAAAAGUCCCCGGGAAUGACAGGAAUUACGCGGUGCACAAGGUGAAGAAGACGGAGUAUCGACAGUAUAUGAACCGCGUCGGAGGCUUUAAUCGGCCGUUGAGUCCGACGAGGUUGUGA